AUGAACUCUUCCUUCUGGCUGCAAAGAGAAGGUAACAGACCUGAAUUACUCUGCGGAAAUUCAGCUGGCUACACCGUUGUAAGUGGGCAUUUCAUAAUGCUUGUGUUUUCCACCAUUGUUUUGGGAGGAUUUUUGAGGACCUUUUUAAAGAAUUCUGAAGUCACUGUCUUGAUAAUUCUUUCUGUGUUAGGAUUUGUGAUAGGACAACUGGCUCACAUUUCUGUUCAGGUGUACCAAAUUGUCUACCCUCUUCUGAGAACACCAAGUUUUGCACUUUAUUGUUAUUUUUCACCUAUAAUUAUAUUUAUGGCUGCUCUGGAUGUGGACUUUUGUAUCCUCAAGAAUGUGUUUUGGCAGGUCUUGUUAACAGGAUUAAUUAGCUUUGUUGUGGCAUUCAUCAUAAUUGGAUAUGUGGUUCUGAAAUUCAAUAGAGAUUUGUGGGAUUUGCAGUCUUCCCUACUCUUUAGCAUGAUUCUUGGGAUGACAGAUCCUGUUCAUUCUGUGAAUUCACUGAAAACUAUUGGCAUUUCCAAAAUGUAUACUGAUAUCAUAAGAGGAGAAUCAAUGAUCAUUUGUGGCUUCACAUCCAUUUGUUUUGGAAUUUUUCGGAGCAACCUUCUCCACGUUUCCAUGUUUACAGAGUUACACGUAAUCUUGGGCCUUUGCUUGGACCUCUUGGGAAGCAUAAUAUGCGGAUAUUCGUGUGCAAGAAUCAUUCAGUUUAUAUUGACUGACCUCUUUAGCAAUACACUUACUAGUGUCAUUCUUUGCAUUUCGAUGGUGUACAUGACCUUCUACAUUGUGGAACUUUUGGGAAUGUCGGGAAUGAUUGCGUUAGUCGCUGUAGGACUGAAUUUAGAUUCCUUAAGCUUUAAACCGAGGAUCGAGAUAAUAAUUACGAAGUUCCUAAAAAUGUUUUCGACUGUAUACCAACAACUAAUAUAUACUUUCUUUGGCAUUGUAAUUGGAUGUGGAGAAACCAAGUAUUUAGGAUUUCACACUGUGGUUUUCAUAUUCAUCUUAUUUGCAACAGUGAAUUUUGUAAGGUUGCUUACUAUUCUGUUAGUGAGCCCCAUUCUGAUGCAUGCAAAUUAUGAAUAUAAUUGGAAGUGGGGAAUUGUUAUAGCAUGGUCUGGAAUUAAAGGAGUUUUUAGCUUACUCUUGGCUCCCGAUAUUCAUAAUCUGGCUGAACAAAAAGUAGAGUCACCUCAACUGUUUAUAUUGUAUGUACAGGUAAUAUCACUAAUGACUAUGGGAAUAAAUUCAUACAUGAUGACUCAUUCAGCCAGGACAUUAGGUUUGUGUGCUAUUUCCCUCCCAAGGCAAAUGGCCAUGCAAAAUGCCAUUAAGCACAUUCAGGAGAUAAUACAGAACACAAUAACACUAUUCAAAACAGAAAAAAUUUUGACGAAUGUUAAUUGGACCUUGGUAGAAGAAAAAACAAAGAUUGAAUACAACAUUCCUUCUGAUGCUUGUCAUGUUUCACAUGAUAACAAAAAGGAGGAGUCCCCAACAGAAGAAGUUUUAAUAGAAGAAGCCAGAUUGCAUGUGGCUAUAAUACAAAUGAGUAGCUUUGAAAAGCAGUGUAAUGAUGGAAUCCUCAGUGUAGAAGCAGCCCGGAUAUUAAUUGGUGCAACCAAAAGCUAUUGCCCCAUCCAAGGAAAAUUCAUGAGUAUUUAUGAUGUUUCAACUUAUGUAAGAGCUAGAAGUUGGCUUAUGAAGUUUAAAAGCAUGUUAGCUUUCUUGGAAUAUCAUAAAGAUAAGGCAUCUCUUAUUCUGUAUGGGAAUAAUAAAUUUCUGCUUUUUGUAUAUCACAUUGCAUUUUCAGAAGAAUUUGAAUAUGCAGGACACGUUAUAACAGUAAUGUACAUUUAUCCUAUGAUAAUGCAUCUAUGGCCAAUCGCAAGAGAGUUAAAUGUGUCAGCACUUAUAUCAGUAAACAACUAUUUUGUAUUUUUAUUCAUAUUUCGAUCAGCACUGAAGAUAGUAAUUUUGAAAAGGAAAUAUUUUCAUCAAUAUUGGAAUACUUUGGACUUUCUUAUCGUGCUUCUCGGAAUCAUUGAUAUAUUUUGUAUAUACUUUGUCAAAUUGAGACCAGACAACUUCGUUCUUAUUCAGAUUACAGUAAUACUAGGAUAUUUCAGAAUAAUUAGGUUUAUUCCUUUCAUCAAGAUAAUAAUCCCACUGCUGAUAAAUAUCGUAGACGUGCAGAUCAAAAAACGCCUCCGCUUGAUGUAUAGUAUUACAAAAGGUUAUGUCAAAAGUCAAGAGGAUACCAAAUUUUUAAUAAAACAAAUUUCCAGCAGAGAAUCAAUAUAUCAGAAAUUAUAUGAAAUUUUGGAAACCAACAAACGAGAUGCUGUCAAAGAACUAGGACUCAUAGAGCAUGAGGGUCGUGACGUUGUCAUUGCUUUGAAGACUAGGCAGGCAAUCCGGAGUGUGAUUGCUAAAGCUCUGAAAAACCUCACCUUCCUUUGGUCAAGAGGCAUUAUUGAUAAACAUGAGGGCAUCGAGAUGAAUAAGGUAUUCCUUGCAAAAAUAAAAGCACUAAAUAACUUUCCAAUGGCAAUCCCACCGCCCACUCCUGACAAGUAUCUUCAUAAUAUUGUUUGGCUGGAAAAUAAAGAUGUUCUCAUUGAGUUCUUCAAGGAGAGAGCCAAACUUGCCUAUUUUGACUAUGGAGAUGUCAUUUGUAGAGAAGGUGAAAUGCCACAAGGAAUCUACUUAAUUAUUUCAGGAAUGGCAAUUUUGCAUAGCUCACCUCCUACCUUCGGAAUAGACAGUAGCCUAAAGUCUGAUAGAGCUUCCCAAACCAUGUUUACAGAAUACUGUACCAGUGGGGACAUAAUUGGAGAGCUGAGCUGUCUGCUUAAGCGUGAAAUUGAAUAUACCGCCAUCUGUGAAACUAUUUUACAGGCCUGCUUUAUCUCCCUGGAGGACUUGUAUGAAGGUUUUGAUGUCUUCUGGCCAUCCUUGGAAUAUAAAAUAUGGCUAAAGCUUGCGCUCAGUAUUGCCUAUCAGUAUUUUGAAUCAAGUCUCACUGAUGAGGACUUAGACUUUCAGAAGUGUGUGGCAUUCAAUCUGGCAUACGUGGAGACUUUAUCAAGCUAUAAUGAAAUGACUAUUGAUAAUGUGACCAUGAAAUUCGUUAUUAUUGUGUACGGCAGUGUCAUUGAUACUCAGACAGAGGUACCAUAUCUUGCACCUUGCAUUUUGCCGAAAACCUGUGAGCAGGUUCAGGGAACUUCAGAUUUAAGCAAACUGCUGGUUGUCCAAGCAUCCAAGCCUGCCAAAAAUACUGAUGACUCCAAAGUCAUGGUCAACACUGGUCUUCGAACGACCCAGAGAGAAUAUAACUGGAAGAGAAAAAAUGAGGAAAGAGGUUUCCAGUCAUCCUGGAAUUGGUCACAAAGUUAACUGGAAUUCAACUCACCUGACAUUUCUCUUUUCCUGAGGAGCACCUUUGUCGGACUGCUCUUACUGAAUUAACACGGUAUCUCUUCACAAGAGGAUGUCUGAUGGAACAGGGACGUACAUGUCUCUCUCAAAGCCCUUAAUAUUAGAAGAUCUUUUAGAGGGAAUGUUCCAGAUGAUAAAAUAGGAACUUCUCAGUAAGUUUUCUGAUUGCAUUUAAUAGUUAAUGUUUUUCCUGAAACGCUCAUCAUCUAGUAUUUUGAGUUUCUUGUAUAAUUGGAAAGCGGAUCCCAUUUUAGAAAAGAAUACUAAUGGUGCUAAUGUAACAUGCAGAGUCAGGUUAAAGACUGAGCUAACCUCUUGGCCCAAGUGCAGAAGG